AGGAUAAAAGGCAGGCAGCGCCUCUGGCCGUGCCGAGCUGCCAGACAGACUCUCGCUGCACCAGGGAGGAACCAUGACUUGCUGUGAAGGCUGGACGUCCUGCAACGGGAUCAGCCUGCUGGUCCUGCUGCUGCUGGGCAUCAUCCUCAACGUCAUCCCUCUGGCUGUCAAGUUCGUCGAUGAUGAUGAUGAUCAUAAGUUUUCUAAAAAAAACCCCAUCUCUUGCUUUGAGUGGUGGUUUCCAGGAAUUAUAGGAGCUGGUGCGAUGGCCAUUCCUGCCACGACAAUGGCCUUGGCGGCAAGAAAAAGAGGAUGCUGCAACAACAGAGUUGGAAUGUUUCUUUCAUCGUUUUUGAACGUGAUCACCAUCCUUGGUGCCGUGUACUGCAUGUGGGUUUCUCUGUGCGCUCUCUCAGAAGGUCCUCUCAUUUGUAACCCUCAAGACUACAAGAAUGUCAGUUGUGAAUUUUCGUUCAAAAAAUUAAAUGAGUUUGAUUCAGAAUCCUUCAACUUGCAGUGGUUCUUAAGUGAAUCUUGCAGAUCUCCCAUUGGCUCCAAUAACCACACCAACAUCACAGGCAAUAUCUGGGAUAAGGACAAAUGGGAUUUAGAUUCUCAAGAAAACAGAGAGAGGGUCAUCCACAUCUCCGUAUUUUUAGGUCUCCUGCUCGUGGGCAUCCUGGAGCUCCUUUUUGGGUUCAGCCAGAUAGCCAUCGGCUUCCUGGGCUGUCUGUGCGGGGUCUCUAAGCGGAGGGAACGGUACGUGUAGUUCCAAGCCAGUAAGAUGGCAGGAUAAGCAGCUGGAAUCAUGUGCGAUUACAUUUACAAGACUUUCUUUUAGAAGUUA